CCCCCAUGAGUUCGAGGUUUUUUUUUUGUUAUUGGGACCUGGACGUGAGCACUUGGAGCUGGGCGAGAUCCUAUGGCGGACAAGAAGAAAUACAAGAAAACAAAAGAGGAAAUCCGGCGGGAGAUCGCGAGGGAGUUCGAUCUCCCGGAGCGCAAGUCCAAGAUAGCCACAAUACUCAAGCAGGAGGACCAGGCCUACUGUAUCUGCCGAACAUCUGACUGCUCCCGGUUUAUGAUAGGCUGCGAUGGCUGUGAAGAGUGGUAUCACGGCGAUUGCAUUGGCAUCACGGAGAAGGAGGCCAAGCACAUUAAACAGUACUAUUGCCGGCGCUGCAAGAAGGAGAACCCAGAGUUACAAACCAUAUUCCGGCUGGUGGCCACGGAACGGGCAGCGGCCUCCAAUGCCGCCUCCACUAGCUUAAACGCACCGGGCGGAGCGGGUCCAUCAGGCGCUCCGUCCGGUAGUAAUAGUGGUCCUGGUGGAACAAAUGCGCUGCCUCCGCCUCCAGCGCCGGCGGUGGCGGCGCCGAUGAAGCGGAAAAACAGCAGCGCCCGAGAACCGAAGAUGGGGAGGCGGUGUGGCACCUGCGAGGGCUGCCGCAGGCCCAAUUGCAACCAGUGCGACGCCUGUCGGAUACGGGUGGGACACAAGCCGCGCUGCAUUUACCGCACCUGCGUCGCCCAGGCGGCUGCCGAUGCACAGCCCACUACCUCGGGCGCUGGCCGGAAAAGGGAAAAGGCGGGCGCGGCCGCUGCAAAGGAUCGUAAGCUGAACGGCGUGAGCGGCCCACGAGCGCCUAGCCCGGAGGUGUUCAUCAAUCCUGAGUUGGAGGGUAUGCGCCAGUGCCACGGACCAGGCUGCUGCUGCCAGGCGCGACCCCAGAGCAAGUACUGCAGCGACAAGUGCGGCUUCAAUCUGGCCACGAAUCGGAUUUUUCAGGUUUUACCACAGCGUCUGCAGGAGUGGAACCUAACGCCCUGCCACGCCGCCGAGGCGAACCGGAAGCAACUAGACCAGAUUCGUCAGAAGCAGUCCAUGGUGCGCUUCGCCCUCGCCGAGCUGGAGAAGCGCUGCGAGGAGCUGAACAUGGUGGUGGACCGAGCCAAGCGCAGCUCCAUCGACACCCAGCGACCCCACGACAGCGCCGACGGCGGGGAGGACGAGCAAAGUAUGUACUGCAUCACCUGCGGCCACGAGAUUCACUCGCGCACGGCCAUCAAACACAUGGAGAAGUGCUUCAACAAGUACGAGUCGCAGGCCAGCUUCGGCAGCAUCUUCCAGACCCGAAUGGAGGGCAACAACAUGUUCUGUGACUUCUACAACCAGGCCAGCAAGACGUACUGCAAGCGCCUGCGUGUCCUCUGCCCCGAGCACAGCAAGGACCCCAAGGUACUGGACACGGACGUGUGCGGCUCGCCCCUGGUCAACAACGUGUUCAAUCCCACGGGAGAGUUUUGCCGGGCGCCGAAAAAAAACUGCUUCAAGCACUACGCCUGGGAGAAGAUACGCCGGGCGGAGAUCGACUUGGAGCGGGUGCGGCAGUGGCUGAAGAUGGACGACCUGAUGGAGCAGGAGCGCACGCUUCGCCAGCAGCUCACCUCGCGGGCCAAUCUGCUGGGACUGAUGCUGCAUUCCACCUACAAUCACGAGGUGAUGGACGAGCUGGUGCGCAAGCAGCAGGAGCAUCUGGCGGAGUUCGAGAAGCAGAAACGCCGUCAGCAGCACCAGCAGCAGUUGCAGGCCCAGCAGGCUGCCUUCCAGGAAAAACAGAAGCAGCAACAGCAGCAGCCACUGUCGCAGAAACAGCAACCCCAGCAGAAGUCCAACCAGCAGCAACAGCAGCCCCAACAACAAAAACAACAACAACAACAACAAUUACAACAAAAGCCACAACAGCAACCUCAACCUCAACCACAUCAGCAGCAGAUCGUGCAACAGCCACAGCCCCACUUGCUGCAGCCACUCCAGCCACAAACGCCACUCAUCUUCCAGCGAAAAUCGUAG